AUGAAGAUAAUAUUCACAGUUACAGAUAUAGGUUAUAACAUCCCAGUGGACCAACUUUGGUCGCUUAUUUUGAAAGAUAAGAUGCUUCCAUCUGGUAUCGGUGACAGUGGAAGGAAUUUACAGCAAAAUCAGCUUCCUGUUAACAGAAUUAGCAUUAGCAGGAAUGCAGAUUUCUCUGAGAUCCAGAGUCUUCGGCCAUCCCAUGAGAAACUUCUGGAUGCUGAAUUUAACAAAGCUCUCUCAGAUAAGAUGUCAAUCACAAGGGAAAAUGGAAUGCAUUCUGAAACCAGAAAUAACUGCAAGGAAAGUGAUGAUGGAUUGAUUAAAAAAAACAAACGAGAAAUGCAUCUACAAAUUCCCAUGGAAAUGGCAUGUAAUCAGCUUAAUCACAGCAACAGUGUAACAUUCAAUAUUAAUGAUUUAACUGAUCAAUUAAGUCACAAUGGGAAAAGACAAAAUAAUACAAUGGCAUCACAUGAUCAGAUAGGCAAUAAAGAGAAGCUUUACAACUGUGCCAUAUGUGGCAAGAGUUUUAAAAGUAGACAGGCUAUAACAAGACAUAUGAUAAUUCAUACUGGUCAGAAGCCCUACAAGUGUACCAUGUGUGACAAGAGGUUUACAAGGAGGAGUAGUAUGAUAUCUCAUCAAAGGACCCAUAGUGGACAGAAGCCCUACAAAUGCAGUGUGUGUGACAAGAGGUUUGCAUGGAAAAGGACUAUGGUACUUCAUCAGUAUAUCCACACGGGAAACAAACCCUACAAAUGUACCAUGUGUGACAAGAGUUUCACAUUGAAGAGUAGCAUGGUAAAACAUCAACAUAUACACACCGGAGAGAAGCCCUAUAAAUGCACCAUUUGUAACAAGAGUUUUGUACAGAAGAGUCACAUGGUAACUCAUCAGAGUACCCACACAGGACAGAAAAACUACAAAUGUGACACAUGUGGUAAGAGUUUUAGGCAGAAGGGCAAUAUGUAUAGGCAUCAGAAUACCCACACUGGGCUGAAGCCCUAUAAAUGUACCAUGUGUGACAAGAGUUUUUCACAGAAGUGCAGUAUGACGCUUCAUCAACAUACCCACACUGGCCAGAAACCCUUUAAAUGUGCCCUGUGUUACAAGUCCUUCAGACAAGCAAAUAUUUUGAAAAGGCAUCAGAGGAUCCACAGUGGGCAAGAUCCAAAUAUAGUGAAAGUUUUGAAACAUGUGGAGAAUAAAUCUAAGAUGACAUCUCUGCUUAAUUUAGCAGAUGCACAUCCCUUAUAUCAGAAAAGGGGAAUCAUUAAAGGGCAACUCAUAAGAGCGAGUAGAAGCUGUAGCACUGAUGAGGACUUUGAGUUUGAAGUUAAAACUUUGCGAGCCUUUUUCCUGGAAAGAGGAUAUCCCCUAGAAAUGUUUAUGGGUUUAGUUGAUGAGAUCAAAGUAUUCAGGAAAACCUUAUACACACCUAUUUUGGGAAAAGGAUCAGAGUUGGCAAUCCCAUCAACUUCCAGAGUAUCCAACCACCCUACAAACAGUUUUAUAUACACUUAUUCAUCUAGUUCCAAAGAAAUGGAGGAAACCGUCAGAAACUACUGGCCGGUUCUAGCCCUUUAUGAAGAUUUCAAGGACCUUUUACCCCCCAGACCUAGUUUCAUUAGAAAAAGAGGCAUUAACUUCAAAGAAAUUUUUGAAAGGAAACCAGAAAACAAAAAGAAGGUGAAACAAUCUAAGAAGGGCACUUACAAAUGUGGCUCUUGUAGUCAAUGCCAUGCUUUAAUGAAUGUCGAAUCCGUGUACAUUCCAUCCAGGAGGUUUAGGAUGAAACCAACUGGUUCCUACUCUUGUGGAAGCAAAGGGGUGGUAUACCUGGGUAUUUGUACCACGUGUUCGAGUUUCUCGUGGGAAGACUGA